AUGGCGGUCACUGGAUUUUCUGACGGUUUCCUAUUAGACGAUGUCCAAAUUUCUUCUGCGGAAUUAAAAGUCUUUGAUAAUUUAGAUAGAAGAGCUUUCUGUUUCCCAGACAACAACACCCAGUUUUCAGUUUUAGAUUUCACUCAAUCACUGAUUUCCUAUCCUUGUCAAACAUCAUAUUCGUCUCAAUCCCUUUCUUCUCCUGAUAAUAUUGAGAUCUCUUCUUACUCUCCAGAAAAAUCUGCCAGAUAUGAAGGGUGUGAAAAUUUUGAGCAUCAUGAAUCGGAUGAGUCACAUAGUAGCAGUAAACUUAAGAGAGUAAGAAGUGGUGAUAAAGAUGGGAUAUUGCAGUGCAAGAACAAACGCAUGAAGAAUGUUGAGAAGAAAUCAAGCCAGACGCAGAAAAUUAUAAUUCAAGUAGAAAGUGAAGAAGUUCUGGACGACGGGUACAAAUGGAGAAAGUAUGGAGAGAAAUCGAUGGAAAAUUGCAGAAUGCCAAGGUGUUAUUAUAAAUGCUCAGACAAAAAAUGCAGUGUGAAGAAACGGGUGGAGAUAAAGCCUUUGGAUAACGAAAUACUGGUUAUAACUUACGAUGGGAUUCAUAAUCAUCCGUGCCCAAAUCCCGUGUACUAUGUUCAUGUUGAGAGACGAGUUUACAUACCCAUGCAGACGGAGAGUAGCGGGGGAGGAGGAGGUAGGGUUUCUAAGGUUGGGGAAGGUGCAAGAGAAGAUGAUGAUCCAGAUGAUGGUGGAUCUGCUCAGCCUAUGCGUCACGGGGUGUGGAGUAUGCAGCUUUUCGGUUCUCCCCAAGUUGUGGAGUAUGCAGCUUUUCGGUUCUCCCCAAGUUUAGAGGUUCUAUGUAAAGGCAGUUUGUCUCUUUUCCCUCUGGUUUUGCCCUUGGCUGUGCUCCUUGGUGUCUUGGUGUUUUUGGGUCCUUUGCUCUAUGCCUGGGCCCGUGUGCUCCCUUCUUUGGGGUUUGGCGUCCUGUCCUUGAAGGCGGUGGCUGCAGUUUGGUACUUGCUUCCAUCACGUGAGAUCGUCCUGCUUGCUCUCACAGUGUCGGGGAGUGUCUGCACUUGGGGAUCCUUAUUGUUGCCACCUCCUUCAUUUUCCCCUAUCUUACGAUUUAACUCUGCCAUCGUCUGGCCCUAG